AUGGACGGCGACCAUGCCGGCGCCUGGUCGGACUUGCCGGCCGACGUCCUGAUCACAAUUCUCGAGGCGCUUGACAUCGUCGACCUCGUCCGCGCCGGCGCCGUGUGCCAGUGGUGGAACACCUCGUCAGCGUACGUCCGCGGCCUCCACCACCUCCUCUCCCGCCCUUGUACGCCCUGCCUACUCUACACCACCGCCGCCGCCGCUGGCGCCGACGCCGACGCCGACGACCCCAACGUGGCCACCCUCUACAGCCUCACCGACCACCGGUCCUACACCGUCACGCUCCCGGGGCCCCACGUCCACCGCCGGUGGCUCGGCGCCUCCCACGGCUGGCUCGCCACCGCCGACGACGAUGCGGCGCUCCACCUCGUCAACCCCGUCACCGGCCAGCAGAUCAGCAACCUGCCGCCGGUCACCACCGUCGAGCCGGUGCGGCGGCUGCUCGACGACGGCGGCGCCGUCGUCCCUGGCAUGUACGUGGUGUACCCGUACGACUGGACGCUGCGGGUGGAGCCGCUGGUCAACGCGCCCAUGACGUUGACGGCGCGCGAGCUCUCGGAGUACCUCUACCUCCGCGUCUUCCUCUCGUCGGACCCUUCGUCCGACAUCGUCGGCGGCGGCUGCGUCGUCGUGCUCCUCCACCGCCCCGACGGCCAGAUGUCCUUCGCGAGGCUGGGCGACACGCACUGGACGUGGAUACGCACGCCGACGGGGAACGAGCUGUACGUCGACGUCGGCUUCAGCGCCGACGGCCGGAUGCUCUACGGGAUACGCCGCGACGGCGCCAUCCACGAGUUCGACCUCGGCGGCGAGCCGGCCCUGGAGAGGACGACCAUACUCCCCGCUCAGGAUGGCAUGAUGAGGCACACCAACUACCUCGUCGACGCGCCGUGGCUCGGCGGCGGCGACGGCGGAUGCUGGCUCAUGGUGUGCAGGCGCAUGGGUGCAGCGAACCUCCAAGCCUACGCGGCAUGGCUGGCGGACCGGAGCUUGCCCUACGACGGGGUGUGGAACACGCACUCGAUCAAGGUGUACCGGGUGGAUCCCGCGGCGGGGACGGCGGCGGAGAUCAACCACGUCGGCGGCCGCCACGCCCUGUUCUUGGGAUGCAACAGCUCGUUCGGCCUCGCCAUGGCGGAUUGUCCAGCCGGGAUCCUGCCGGACCACGUCUACUACACGGACAACGAGGAGCAGUACGCGCUCGACACGCCAGAGUGCGCGAGGGACAUCGGCGUUUACCGCAUGGGAGAUGGGAGCUUUCAUCGGGUCAAGCCUCCUUCGCCGUGGUUGGAUUGGCCGCUGCCCGCUUGGAUUAUACCCAGCUUUGGCUGCCUAGGCUAUAGUAACAGGUUUCUAGCUAACUAG